AGAGCGCAGCGACAACGAUAGCGGGGUGUCUAUAGUGCUCGUUGGGACCGGACACGAUACGACGCUCACGCUACCUAUUGUUUCCAGGUAGGCUGGGUGUGUUAACGUUGAAGUUGGUGAUGUGAACCCGCCAGUACUCUCUAUAUGAGGGACCACCUCAAGAACGACAGCAGGGGCGAGUUCGACGAUUUCUCCAGAAAAGUGCAGAGGUUGUGCUGACUGACGGGUGACCAGGAGAGGCCACGGAUAGCGGCCCGCCAACUCCACGGGAGUGGAAGGGGCCGUUUCCGUGGCUGUUCCACAAAUACCAACGGGCUCUGGCAACAAUGAAUGCCGUUGUCUCGACUGCAUCGUCGUCUACAUCGCCCACGCAGGCUUUGCUUGCGUCCACCGUCGUAAACGCAUCGUUAGUACCACAACAGCAGACACCCCAACAACAUGUUGUCGUACCCACGGGCGUUCCAACAAUCGUUCAGACUGUUGGCGGUAGCGGAACCCCAGUGGGAGCACCGGCUGGCGGGGGAGGCCUCGUUACCGGAGGACCAACCACGGUUAUUACGACGACAAGUCUCGGAUUGCAUGAUGAUGUCAUCCGCUCUCCACCGUCAACUCCAGAAAGUGAGCAGUUCGACGAUUCCGAUCUACUCACGAAUGCUGCAGUGGCCAACGAUGAAGUCACGCAAAGGCUCAUGGCCGCCGGUACAGUCGGUCUUGCAGCAGCCGCCGCCAUUGCAACAGGCAAAAAACGUAAACGUCCCCAUUCAUUCGAAACGGAUCCGUCUAUCCGGCGAAGACAGCAGACGCGGCUAUUACGAGAACUGAAAGCUACCAUAGAUGAAUACACCACACGCAUCGGCCAGCAAGCCGUGGUGAUGAUCGCUACGCCCGGUAAGCCGACUGAUAAUUUCAAGGUUUUUGGCGCUCAGCCCCUGGAAAAUGUAAUGCGCGAUUUACUCAAGACAGCUGUCAUCACAGAGCUUGAGAAUGCACUAGCGGCUCAUGCCCCACCCGUAACGGGCCUUAAUGGGACACCAGGACAACUGGGCACCGGAACAGUUGCAGCCAACGGGAAUACCGAAGGCUUGCACGACCUACCACCUCUCGUCAUUGACGGCAUUCCGACACCGGUCGAAAAGAUGACGCAGGCCCAGCUUCGAUGUUUUAUUCCCUUGAUGCUAAAAUAUUCAACGGGGCGUGGCAAACCGGGUUGGGGUCGCGAAAGUACCCGGCCGCCCUGGUGGCCCCAAGACUUGCCUUGGGCAAAUGUCCGCAGUGAUGUACGAUCUGACGAAGACAAACAACGCGUUUCUUGGACGCACGCUCUUAGACAAAUUGUCAUUAAUUGCUAUCGAUACCAUGGGCGCGAAGAUCUCUUGCCAGCUUUUGGCGAAGCAACACCCACGCAGCAGCCUACGGUGGUCCACUCGGCGGCCGAAGUCGACGAUGACAAUAAGGAAACUGUUAUUCGAGCAAUUCAGACGGCCGCUGGCGCGACGGCAGCAGUUAACAGGACCGGAUGUGUGGUUGCGCAGGCAAAUCAGACAAGUGCUCCCCCACCUGGAGCGGCAACAGCUCAGAUUGUAGCUACCCAAGGUGGACAAACCCUCAUACAGUUAAGCGCAGAAUCACUAGCGAAUGCGGCGCAGACGAUCUAUUCGAGUAACGGCAGCAUCUAUGGCACAACAAUGGUGCAAGCAAUCAACAAUCCUGACGGCAGUGUAUCCAUAAUUCAGGUGGAUCCUGCAACAACAGUGGUCACUUUGGCAGAUGGAACACAGGCACAACUGAGGACGAUGUCAGCAUUGCCGCAGACUGCGGCAGGUGUGAGUGCGGUCGCGGUCGAGGGUGGUCAAGUUCUCCAAGUUGAGGAGGCUGGUACUGUAGGCACAGUGGUAGGCGGUGCUACCGUUGAAGCGGUAGGCGGAACUACCACAACGGUUGAGAUGGCCGGCUCGGACGCUGUGGCCACCCUGGAAAACGCGCUUAGCCAGGGCGGUCAGAUCAUUCUGACGGGCGAGGACGGGUCAGCUUCGUUCCCGGUCGGCAGUAUGGUGGCCAUACCGGUGUCAAUGUACCAUCAUAGUGGUAUGCAGGUCAUGCAAGCCACAGGUGGCGCUACGACUGAUGAUAAUUCUCCUCCGACCGGUCACGAGCCUGGCGGUGAAGAGGUCGAGCUUGUAACUGGGCCCGAUUGAGCUAACCGAUCGAUAAAUUCGCAGGUUCGAUAGAAAAUUGGGCACUCAGGAUCUAUGCUCAGGGUCUCAAUGGUACAUGUGAUCGGAUCGCGGCUAAUGACAUCAAAAUCUGAUGGAGUCUAGCUUCAUAACGAGAACUCUGGUAUCGUAAUUUAGUUUUUAUUUUUUUAUUUUUUUAAUAAUUAGUAACAAGGCACCAAGCAGUAGAUUCCAAAACGAUCUCCUUUUACACUUAGCUCAGUGAUGAAUCAGUCGUAAAUCCAUUAGACAAUUCAAAUUCCCUCUAAAUCGUUCCCUUAUGAAAUAUACAUUUCUUCUUACUACUCAUUUAAAAAUGAUGAGAGAUCCACCCCUAAUCUCUUAAAAUAACGUUUUUUUAUAUUCUCAUGCCAAGAGCACCACAUAACAGCGAGAGAAGUAUUGCUAUUGAAGGCCCUAUGCAGAAGACUUGAUAGUUGAUACUUGAGCAUUUCCUUUAGUUACUGAAGCAACCAAGCAGAGGAAUCGUGGUACUAAUGAAGCAGGUACAAACGCUAUGAAACCCAAUCGCCAAACUUAGAUUUUAAAAAAUGAGCCUGAAACCAAGGAAUCAGGUGCUGAGGAAAAUGCCAUAAUGCCCAAGAUGCUACGCUACCAGGAUAGUCGUCUUAUAUGCAUGAAUUCUAAGUACCUCACAGUUAAGCCCCUACGAGUAAUUCAACGUCGCCUUCCUUAUAGCGUUAAAUGUAGUUUCUCGUAGAAGGGCUAUGCACAUUCAUUGUAGUCGUUCGAUGAGGGUUCGAGUAAGCGAUGGCUAAAAAUUGUUGGCUAUCGAUUGACCAAUGCUGUAUUAGCAACAUGUGAUGGAUAUAGAAGCGUACGUGGAUGGAGUAGUAAGAUGGCCUGGUGACUAUACCUCUGACUUGUCUGCUGCCGUGAGCUCGUGGCAUUGUCUACCGUCAAACUGACCUCAAAUUCACGAGCUGCAAAAUUCAACAAAUCAGCGUGUACCAGCAAUGGAGCGGUGUAAAUAAAGCUGCUCAAUUAAACAAUCAAUCAUCCACGGGUUCGUGGCUAAAAUAAUCCUAUAGUUCAAUAAACAAUAUCACACGUAAAAUAAGGCGUCAUAAAAGGUAAAAAGCAAAACACAGAAAUGCUGGAGACGAGUAUGUUGUCGCGUUUCAUAUGUCGAGUUGAAUUCAUUGUGUUAAUAACUAUGCGGCCGACUAAUCCAUAGGAACAAGAAUAUUUGUCGAAAGUAUGCCUUUCAUUGACAUUGACCAUGGCAAGUGACGAUACCGGUAACUUAUCUAGUGGAUAUAUAUAUAUAUAUAUAUAUUCUGUAUACAAUUCAAAACAAAAGACGAGGCGAGCACUGAGAUAUGUUUAUAGGUAAAAGGAACAAAUUUAUUGACGAGAAUAGGAAAGAGAAUCUAGUCUAAAAGCCGCGGAUGUGUGUGGCUGAAUGUGUUGUAAAAGAGUGUAACCGUCAUAAUGGUAUCACAACUGUAAUUAUAUUAUUACAAUGAAAUUAAAUUAUAUUUACAAUUUGACAGUGCGACAAUGCGAAGAAUGAACGAAGUGAUGGCGAUGCUGUUGCUUGUAUAAUAGAAUGUGUAUUUUGCCAUAGUAGUCGACUGAUGGUUGACCUGUACGUGCGGGUGUUCACGUGAUGAUAUGAGUGGAAGGGAAAAAAUCGGUAUGAUGAGGCAUUCUCUAAAGACAAAUAGAGGUGCGUGAGGUAGGAUGAUAACAGAGAGAAAAACAAAGAAAAUAGAAAAGCAGAAAAGGAUAAUAAAUUGGGGAUGGGAGACGAAACGAGUGGAUCGUGGAUCUAUUUAUAGAAAAGCUAAAACGUAAGUUGUAAGUGAUGACCUUUACGAUCCUUAACAGGUGCUGAAAGCCAUACUUUAUAAUGCGAUACAUCUUAAUAGAAGUUUACGCUGUGUUAAAGAAGCAUCAGUAUGGCAAAUACAGGGAGAUACAAAAAAUCAAGAACACAUUGUGACGUAUUGCUUGGUCUCACUUUUGUUGUUAGCAGCCUCAAACACCUCAUUACAAAGUAAUCUUUAUUUUCAUGUAUAUAGCUUGCUAUAGCAUACAUAUGUUAGAUUUGUGUAGUAUUUCGUUAUGUUUGAACAUUCGCAUUCGUGUAGCUAAUAUACUAAUCUGGCUAAAUCGCACACUUUCCUGGAAAACUCUUACUUUUUCUAUAGUGGUUCUCUACUGUUUGUAUUGUUAUUCUGCUGCUCUCUCUUGUGGACAACAGAAUUACUGUCUUUUAUUUAAACUUAACAAACAGAACAAACCGGUCCUUAACUUGCAAUCUUUAUUAAGUUUGCUUGUAUAUAUGGAUGCUAGAUGAAAAAAAAAAUGCUGUCACUCAUUUGGGGAUUGUAUGAAGAAGUUGGUGUGAAUUAGCAUAUUACGCAUGUAUUGUUGCAAUCGAGUGAAUCAGGUAUAAUUUAACGUAAUAAUAAAUGGAGUCAACAAAAAACAAACAGUAGUUGGUGUCGAGGCGUCUGAGGGACAAUUAGAAUAGCUCAGCCGACGGGAAUUGCACCCAGAUAACCGGGAUAGCACGAAUUUAAGCGUUGUUCGACGAAACAAUUCUAUGAAGUUGAGGUGCGUUGGUUGUGUGCAUUGUAUUUGUGUGUAUCUCUAUAGUGUGGGGUGUGUCAGUUAAAGAAAUGUUAUGCUGCACGAAUCAAUAGCUGUGCAAUCUAUCGAUUUUAUUGUACACUAGCUUUUCUGGUCGGAACCUAUUUCUUUCUUCAAUCUAUUUCCAUCCCGAAGUGUUUGAAAUCGUAAACGGAAUGAAAUAAACAAUGCAACUGCAGAACGUAAAAGUCCGUAGCGAUGUUGAAACGCUAUCAGAUCUUCCUCCUUUCGAGUCUCCCAAAAGACGUCGAAGAGUGAAAAUACGAUGAGAAUAGCAAUACACGUUAAUCUCACCCCCACGUUAUUUAAGUAUACAUAUAGCUCAAAAUAUAGGUUGAAUAGAGAAAUGAUACAGACAAAGUUAUAUCCAAUUAAUAUUUUUUUAUAUAGCAACAACAUGACAGUUAAUAGAAAAAGAGCUAUCAA